AUCGCCCAUUUUCUCUAUUGCUGAUAAAACUGAUCGCAGAAAAACACACACCCAAAAGAAACAGAGACCUUCCAGGACUUCAUCAAUGGCUGUCAAAGUUUAUAUUGUAUACUACUCAAUGUAUGGACAUGUGGAGAAACUAGCAGAAGAAAUUAAGAAAGGAGCUUCAUCUAUAGAAGGAGUUGAGGCUAAACUAUGGCAGGUACCUGAGACACUACCAGAGGAGGUGCUUGGAAAGAUGAGUGCGCCACCCAAGAGUGAUGUCCCAAUCAUUACUCCUAAUGAACUAGCAGAGGCUGAUGGUUUUGUUUUUGGUUUUCCAACAAGAUUUGGAAUGAUGGCUGCUCAGUUCAAAGCAUUUUUAGAUGCAACUGGAGGAUUGUGGAGGACACAACAGCUUGCAGGCAAGCCUGCUGGGAUCUUCUUCUGCACUGGAUCUCAAGGUGGUGGACAAGAGACUACAGCGUUAACUGCCAUCACUCAGCUGGUUCAUCAUGGGAUGAUAUUUGUCCCAAUUGGAUACACAUUUGGCGCCGGCAUGUUCGAGAUGGAGCAAGUGAAAGGUGGAAGUCCAUAUGGUGCAGGAACUUUUGCCGGUGAUGGCUCAAGACAGCCGACUGAGCUGGAGUUGGAGCAAGCAUUCCAUCAAGGAAAAUAUAUUGCCACCAUCACAAAGAAGCUCAAGCAAGCUGCAUAAUAAUGUUAGGUCAACCAGACAUACUAUUUAUCAAGGAUAAAUGGAUACAAAAUUAUUGCUUUAAAACUGUUUCCCAUUUUUUUAGCCAUAGAAUGUAAAAUUUCUAUUUUUCUGAUCUGCUUGCAAGUAAUAACUAUUUUCAUUUUUCUUUAUUAUAGAAAUGAUUUCUAUGGGUGUUACACAACCCAAAUGGUUGUUGCUAUCUGCGAAUGUGAGAAAGUUUGUAUUGCAUUGUAUUGUAUUGUCCUUUCAUUUUUGUCUGAAAAAAUGCCUGUUUCCUUCUAUUGUACUCCCUUUUCAUGAAUUCUAGUUCCAAUAAGCAAGCAAAUAAAAUGAUAAGACUUUGUCCAUGAUUUCUCAA